AUGGUCAAAGAUAUUUUAAAAAGCUAAAAGUUCACUUUAAUAAAUCAUAAUAUUUCCAGUAUCUAAGAUGUAGAAUCACUUGUUAAUUUAACAAAGUAACCUUUGGUGAGAAUAGCUUUAACCAUAUCUACAUCUGAAAAGUAAGUAUACAACAAGCUUGAAUAAGCAAUCAAAAGUAUAGAAAAGGAGUUAAUAGCUAAAUUAAGCAUAGUCAUAAGAAAUAAAGGUAUAGUUGAUGCUGAUCUAGCAGUCAUAGGAGAAGUAUUAAAAUCAUUUAAGGAUACUAAAGAUAUCUUUAUCUAACUUGAUCAUAAUAACUUCGGUUUAGACGGAUUUAAAGCUCUAUCAACUGGAAUUUAGAGUUUAGAGGAAGUAGAAAAGUUAGAAUUAGAUUUAUUUCAAACAAACUUGAGUAAUGAAGGAGUAGAAUAAAUUUCUAAAGCAAUUAAUCACUGCUAAAAAAUAAUAAAUUUAAAUUUAAAUUUAGGCAAGAACGACAUAACAAAACAAGGAGUUAAAUAUAUAUAAGAAUAAUUCAAAGAUAUCAAAAGUAUUACCAAUUUUACCAUUGAUUUAUUCAAUAACAAGAUAGGUAAUGAAGGAGCAUAACAUCUUAGUAAAUUAAUAGAAAGGUUUUGUGACUUAGAAUAUCUUUCCUUUUAACUAAACCGUACUGAAAUUGAAUGCAAAGGAGUAAAUUAUUUUACAGUAGGAAUUAAACACAUAGCAAAUCUACAAACCUUAAUCUUAAAUUUAAAUGAUAACAAAGUGCAAGGGGAAGGAGUGAAAUGCUUAGUUGAGUUCUUAAAAUCAUACAGCAGUUUGAAAAACUUAUCCUUACUAUUGAACAACAACUAACUAGGCUAAGAAAAUAUUAUUAAUUUAUGCAAAGGGUUUUCUUAUGCUGUCUAGCUUGAACAUUUGCAUCUUUAUUUAAACAAUAAUGGAAUUAUGCAAGAUGGAGCAACUUCAAUAUCUGAUGCUAUUAAAAAGCUCGAAUUAUUAAAAACUGUUUCAAUAUCAUUACAGAAAAAUAACAUAGGAAAUGUAGGAGUGAACGAAAUUAUUGGAGGAAUUUAGUGUUUAAAUCAUGUCUCUUACCUAAAUCUCAAUUUUAGUUAAAAUAGGCUUAGUGAUAUGAAGGCAAAGAAAAUGUUAGAGAAAUCAAUCACCAAAAUUCCCUCUAUUUUUUACAAAAAAUUAAGGAUAUGA